UGUCCGUCAUCUGCAUCUUCCACGCCCCCAAUUGGCACUCUUCUCCCUCUUCUGCCGUAUUGCUUGCGGUAUUCUCCUGGCUUGUGGUCACCUCCUCACAUCAUGUUCCGAGCUGCUGUUCCUCGUGCAAGGUCGCUGCUCCCUGCGCGACCAGUGCCUACCAGCACCUUUUGCGCUCCAAACAUUUAUUUCCAGGGCCGGUUACGACGAGGCUAUGCGUCGGACUCUGAGGAGAAGGAUCUGGUCAUCAUCGGUGGAGGCGUUGCCGGAUAUGUCGCCGCGAUAAAAGCUGGACAAGCUGGAUUGAAGGUUGCAUGUAUCGAGAAGCGUGGCAGUCUCGGCGGAACCUGCUUGAACGUCGGCUGUAUCCCCUCAAAAUCCCUCCUCAACAACUCGCAUUUAUACCACCAAAUUCUGCACGACACCAAGCAAAGAGGCAUCGAGGUGGAAGGUGUCAGCGUCAAUCUAAAGCAGAUGAUGAAGGCCAAGGAGACUUCUGUAUCCGGAUUGACGAAGGGCAUUGAGUUUCUUUUCAAGAAGAACAAUGUGGAGUACAUUAAGGGCACGGGCGCAUUCCAGGACGAACACACUGUCGCAGUCAACCUCAUUGAUGGCGGCGAGACCACUGUUCGCGCGAAGAACAUCUUCAUCUCUACUGGUUCCGAGGCGACGCCUUUCCCCGGUUUGACUAUCGAUGAGAAGAAGGUCAUCACCAGCACCGGUGCUAUUGCGCUCCAGGAGGUUCCCAAGAAGAUGGUUGUUAUCGGCGGCGGUAUCAUCGGUCUUGAGAUGGGCUCUGUGUGGUCCCGUCUCGGUGCCGAAGUCACUGUCGUGGAGUUCUUGGGCCAGAUUGGUGGACCUGGCAUGGAUGCUGAAAUCGCCAAGAUGACGCAGAAGAUGCUCACCAAGCAGGGCAUGAAGUUCAAGCUGAACACGAAGGUCACUGCUGGUGAUGACUCUGGAGAGGGCGUCAAGGUCAACGUGGAGGCUGCCAAGGGUGGCAAGGAGGAAGUGCUCGAUGCUGAUGUUGUCCUCGUCGCUAUCGGCCGCCGACCCUACACCGCUGGCCUUGGGCUCGACAACAUCGGUCUGGAGACGGAUGAGAGGGGCCGCAUAGUCAUUGACCAGGAAUACCGUACAAAGAUUCCCCACAUCCGCGCUAUCGGCGAUGUCACCUUUGGACCCAUGCUUGCCCACAAGGCCGAAGAGGAGGCCGUUGCUGCCGUCGAGUACCUCACGAAGGGCUAUGGCCACGUAAACUACGGAGCAAUUCCAUCCGUCAUGUACACCCACCCGGAAGUCGCCUGGGUUGGCCAGAACGAGCAGGAGCUCAAGGCCGCUGGCGUCAAGUACAAAGUUGGCACGUUCCCCUUCUCUGCCAAUUCAAGAGCGAAGACCAACUUGGACACUGAGGGUAUUGUCAAAUUCAUUUCGGACGCUAACACUGAUCGGAUAUUGGGUAUCCACAUUGUUGGCCCCAACGCCGGUGAAAUGAUUGCGGAGGGCACUCUCGCCCUCGAGUAUGGCGCAAGCUCCGAAGGUAAGGCGGACCAUAGCAGUAAUCGCUUGGAGAAGAGAGAAGCUGACAGAGCCGCAGACGUCGCCCGCACAUCGCACGCCCAUCCCACCCUCUCAGAAGCGUUCAAGGAGGCAGCUAUGGCGACUUAUGACAAGGCAAUUCACUACUAGACUUUUUCGUUUCCUGGAGGCUUUUCUUAGCAGCUGUAUUAUAUCUUGCCUGUUUACCCAAAAGCCACAGGUUUCUCAGCUUGCCUCUGCCAUAAUACGAGUCUGAAAUUCUUAGAUGAGAGUCUGUUGGUGACUUGCCAUCUUCCAUUCC